CGCUUUAUAACCAUUCAGAACAGUUGUCACACUUGGAUGUCCUUGGACUUGGGGAGCAUGGAGAACCAGUGCGAAGUUCAGGAUGCCUGCUGUGUUGGUUUUGGGCUUUUUAUACCUUUGGAUAGAGCUAAUGAUGAUAAAGAGAGCAAAGAAGAAGAAAAAGAAAAAGAGGAAGAAAAGGGGGAGAAAGAGGAAAAGAAGAGGAGGAUGAGGAGAAGGAGGAGAAUAAGGAGGAGAAAGAAGAGAAGAGAAGUUGGUUAGAGUGGUGGUUGUAAAGAAAGCUUAUUUGAACCACCACUUCCCUGUUCUGGAAGAUACACAGCCCCUCUGUGGGAGGUAGGUCUCCCAGGUGUCUCUCAUCAGUGGCCUCCCGGAACUGCUCGACAGGGAGGGUAAAGGAAUUCGCUGGAGAUCUGGCUUUAAGGGGAAUUAGCAACUCUGUUUAGGAGCCGGACGGACCUUAAAAAAAAAAAA